AUGUUGGGGGAAUUUCCUCUAAAGGACAAAAUCGUGGCAAUUACAGGCGGUGGAUCAGGAAUCGGCCUCGCCUUCGUCAAAUAUGCACUAUCUCUGGACGCCAGAGUUCUCAUCGGCGAUCUAAGCCUUACCACAGACGCUGAAAAGCUCAUUGCCCAACAAAACAAGGACAGCGACAAAAGGAAUGGUAGUGGUGGUGGUGGUGGUGGUGGUGAUGCGGUGUGCCAUUCCGUAUCGGUAGCAUUUAUACCAUGCGACGUAGCGAAAUGGGAUCAACUACAAAAUCUGAUCGACAAAGCGAAGGAAGUCUUUGGAGAUGUACCAGAUCCACGCUCCAAUUUUUGGCUCGACCGCGAGCAGGAAGAAGACCGCUACGCAACGCUGGACAUCAACGUAACGCAUCCAAUAAAAUUCACGCGCAUGGCGAUGCGCGCGCUGCUGGGACAUAAGAAAAAGGGUGUUGUGCUGCUCAUAUCCUCCAUUGCCGGAUUGGAUGGAGUGUAUGGUAAGCCGUUGUAUGCUGCGGCGAAGCAUGCCAUUGUGGGGUUUGUGAGAUCCAUGAGCGUUGCAGAGCAGCAGUUUGGGAUCAAGGUUGUGGGGAUCUGUCCAGGCAUCGUCGAUACCCCUAUCUGGAACGAUGAGGGUGAAUUGCUAUCAUGCUACCAGCCUGACAGGGCGCAGAUGCUGAGACCCGAGCUCAUUGCAGCAUCAAUGAUGAAGCUAAUUCAGAAAGGUGAAUAUACCGGCGGCACCGUGUAUUUGGAGACUGGGGAGGUUAGCAAAGUGGUUUAUAAGGGAUUUGAGAAUGACCCUGGCAAUAUCACGGCGAUAGAGACGUUGCCAGGCGUGCGGCUGGUUGGGAAGCAGAUGAGGAAGCAGAUGGAAAUGCUAUGA